AUGGGCAAGAAUAGUCUGGAGGGCAAAACCGACGUGGCCAAGGCUGAAGAUGCCGGCCAUGUCGUCGAUGAGCAGGUCCUUGAUCUCGACCAGAGAAUCCAGGACCUCGUUGCCGUCGCGCCUCCAUUCUACCAGAACAAGAACCUCCUUCGUCUCUAUCUAAUGAUCAUCCCAACUUGCCUGGCAGCUGCCAUCACUUUGGGAUUCGAUGCGAGUAUGAUGUCUGGUCUUCAAGCUGUACCUUCUUGGGAUAACUACUUUGAUAAACCUCGUGGUGCACUCCUUGGUAUCAUGUCUGCUAUCCUCCCUCUUGGAUGCGUUGUCGCGACCCCCUUUAUCAGCUUAGUCGGUGAUCGCUAUGGACGACGAAUGGGUAUCUUUGUUGGCGCUGUCAUCAUGAUCAUCGGUGCAGCCAUCCAAGGUGCCGCUAUUCACUUCGCCAUGUUCCUCAUCUCCCGCUUCAUUAUCGGUUUCGGUCUCGUCUUCGCAAACGCCUACGCCCCGAUGCUCAUUGGAGAACUCGCCCACCCGAAAGAACGACAGGUCAUCACAUCUCUAUAUCAGACAUCUUGGUACAUCGGUGCUAUCCUCGCUGCUUGGGUCACCUUUGGAACCUUUAGCAUCAAGAGCGAAUGGGCAUGGAGAAUCCCAUCUCUUCUGCAGGCUGCCCCAGCUCUGCUUCCCAUCUCAUGCGUCUUUCUCCUUCCCGAGUCACCUCGUUGGCUCAUCGCCAAUGGGCGCAGCGAAGAAGCCAGGGAGGUGUUGGUGAAGUGGCAUGCCAACGGCAAUGAGGAAGACGAACUUGUCAAGCUUGAGUUUAUCCAGAUGCGAAAUGUCAUUGAAGCUGAGGUCAGCAAUGAGACAGGUUGGAAGGAUCUCUUGACAUCGCCUGGCAACCGGAAGCGAGUCUUUAUCCUGGUCUGUCUUGGCUGCUUCAGUCAGUGGUCUGGAAACGGUCUUGUUUCCUACUACCUUGUUCGUGUGCUCGAAACCGUUGGUGUCAGCGACGCUCGGGAGCGUAACAUUCUCAACGGCUGCCUCAUGAUCUUCAACUGGCUCACCUCAGUGGCGUCAGCCUUCCUGACCGCUCACAUGAAGCGUCGAACUCAAUUCCUCAUUUCUGUGGGAGGCAUGCUCGGCAUUUUCGCUUCUCAGACCCUUUGCGCUGGUCUCUUCAACGAGGAUCACAACAAGGCCGCAGGAACAGCCGUCAUCGCUAUGCUCUUCCUCUUCUACUUCUUCUACAAUUUGGCCUUCAACGCUCUGCUCUACUCGUAUCCCGUCGAGAUCCUUCCCUAUCCCAUUCGUGCCAAGGGUUUCUCGCUCCUCAUGUUCUUCGGAAAGGCGAGUAACUUUAUCAAUACCAUGGUCAACCCCAUUGGUCUUCAGGCGCUGGCUUGGAAGUUUUACUUUGUCUAUGUCGCCUGGCUUGCUAUCGAGCUUGCUGUGGUUUGGAAGUUCUUUGUCGAGACAAAGGGCCCAAGUCUCGAGGCUAUCGCUGCUAUCUUCGACGGUCAUACCACGGCGGUUGAGCAUGACUCGCAGGACUUUGAGAAGAAAGAAUUGGAGAAGGAUUAG